UUCCUGCAGCAGCAGAAAUAUCUCCUUGACUUGUGUCUGAAGAAUCUCCCUGGCUUCAAUACUGAGAAGAUGAUAGCACAUUUCAUUUUAGUGGGCUUGCUCUGUGGUCUCUCCUUCAGUCAUGUUUCUUCAGAAUGUAUACGGGAGCUUCUGGUCAAUAUGGAUUUUCCAGGAACAGACAUAGCGUAUGUCUUCUCUCCUGAUGCUGAGCACUGUCAGCACAUGUGCACCCAGCACUCCUCCUGUCUCUUCUUCUCCUUCCUUCGGCCUGACUGGACUGGAGAUAACAGGCACUUUUACUGCUACCUCAAGUCCACUCCCUCUGGAAAGCCCAAUGUUCAGAGCCCUGUACAGGGUAUCACCUCUGGCUUUUCUCUCAAACCCUGCCACCCAGACCUACAGCCUUGUCUGCCUCAGGCGUAUCAUCACGUGGACUUCCCAGGAGCAGACUACCAAACCCUGUUCACAGCAGACUAUGAGGAGUGUCAGAGAGCCUGCACACGUGAUCCUGCAUGUCAGUUUUUUACUUUUCUCAAACAGGACUUUACACCUCUGACAGUCAGGUAUAAGUGCCACCUUAAAUUCAGCUGGUCAGUACCAAGGAUACCUCAAAUAAUUCGACUUGACACGAGAAUAUCUGGAUUCUCGCAAAGGAUGCAAAUAGCUCAAAACCUUAACCCAGAAUGUGAGGGCAAGCUUUUUCCAAACACUGACGUCCCAAUAAGCAACAUCGAGGUUUUACCUGCUGCUUCUCCUGAACACUGUCAGAUAUACUGCUCUGCUCAUCCACUCUGCACCUACUUCACUUACAUCAGUCAUACAUUCAACUGUUACCUGAAGCACAAUCCAGGUGAAAUAGUCCUCAAAGCUGUAGCGGGAUACACAUCUGGGUUACCAGCACGCUUCUGUCAGCUGGACAACAACUGGAUUAAGAAGGCUUAUGUAGGAAUAGAUUUCCCACAUUCUGAUAUUCGCAACUUUCUGACGAGUGACGUUGAGGCGUGCCAGAGAACCUGUACUGAGGAUCCCAACUGCCAGUACUACAGCUACAUCACUGAAACGUACAGUGACCCUGCCCACAGGCGCCGCUGCUAUCUCAAGCGUGUCAUCACCAUGCCUGUUCCUCCCAGAGUUACUAAACUGGCCAAUGCUGUGUCUGGAUUCUCCCUGAGUAACUGUCAUUAUAAAGGCAUGGUUUGAUUCCAACAUUUAAACAGACAUUGGAAUACACACAUAAUCAACACAUAAUCAAUGUAAUCAACAUCAGUGUAAUCCACACAUAAUCAAUGUCAUCAACAUCAAUGUAAUCCACACGUAAUGUAAUCAACAUCAGUGUAAUCCAUAUAUAUUCCAAUAAAAGAUUCAGCAAGCAA